GGCACGCACACCGUCACACCCCACACACGUCACGGCUCUCCGUCCCGACUCCCGCUGAGCGCCUUGAGUAGAUGGUUGCUGAGGACGAGUUUUUGCGUCAUCAAGACCUAUACUAUGCUGAUGGCAGUGUGGUCCUCUUAGCCGCUCAUGCUGGAAAAACACAUGCGUUUCGAGUUCACAAAUCCGUGCUCGGAUCACACUCUAGAGUAUUUGCUGAUAUGUUUGUGCUACCCUCUACUGCAGAAAAUGAAACAUAUGAUGGCGUAGAUUCGGUACAAAUGCCGGAUGAUGCAAAAGAUCUUGAAGACCUCCUUCGAGCCCUUUACUACCCGGGCACCAUACUAUCCAUGUUGGAGAAUCGAAACCCUCUUGCGGCAAUCAAGUACAAAGGGAUUCUUCUGCUAUCGCAGAAAUACUUUGUGCGCGUCCUGCACAAGCUGCUCAGGGCUCGUUUCCGUGCAGACUGGCCAUCCACUCUCACUGAAUGGGACAGACUCAUGGAGCACUACGCUAGUCUUUCUUCAUCCACAGUACCGCAUCAUGAUGCGGCCAGUCAGUUCGUUGACAAUCGUAUGCUGGAACCUGCUUCUGCCAUACGCUUGGCCAGGGAGGCCAAUAUUCCAGAGAUUUUGCCAGCCGCGUUUUAUAUGCUAUCUACAAUCAGUCCUUUCAUGGAUUUUGAUGCCCUCCGCAGUUCAAACCCCCCUCCGCUCACUGAUUCUCAAGGGAAUGUCCUUUUGUGGCAGCCUGGACAACGCAGCGCCCGAUGGGGACUCUUAACGCCUGAUGAUUGGCUUUGCCUAUCACGAGGCAGGCAUUCUAUGAUGGACUUCGCUCAGACAUUCGAGGCGCAGGAAGGCGACUGCAUAUGCGGCUCGCAGGAUUGUAUUCAAUAUGACAACAAGAAAAAAUUGUUGAAGGGACCCCCUCAAGAUCUUCUACGUGUCCUGAAGGAUAUUGGCUCUCAGGGGACACUUCCACAAUAUCCAUGCUACAAUGCCCUACAGGCUUUGGCGUCCCGUAGUGUACAAACACGGUCUGUUUUGUGGGAGAAUUUGUGUUACUACUUCGGUUUACCGGAGGUAGUUGAUGAUCAGAAUGACGGUGACUCUGACGAUAUUGCACUUGUGGAGGGUGAAUUUAUAGAUGGAUGAGGGGGUAGAUUGCACUGCGCCACUAGCCAUUCCGUUUUUCCGUCUGUCAUGCAUUACAUACAAGUCGAAGAAUACCCUCGCAAACUAUAGCUAUGGAACACAGUUAGUUGACCUUGGCAAGAUCA